AUUUAAUACCUCGAAAGGCCGGACUAGCAAUAAUCAUAAAUAUAUGUUAUAUGAUUCUCUUCUCCCUUGUUGCUAAUCUCUCCAUUGGAGAAAAUCAAGAUGAGCACAGAUUCUUCCCAAACCUCCAACACCAAGAGGCUACAAGGUCUGGUGGCUAUAAUAACUGGUGGAGCCAGUGGAAUCGGCGAGUGCUGUGCAAAGGUAUUUGUUAAACAAGAAGCCAAAGUUGUGAUCGCCGAUAUCCAAGAUGAGUUGGGUAACUCUCUUUGCAGACAACUUGGAUCUGAACAAACAAUCUCUUACAUCCACUGUGACGUCACAUGUGAUUCUGAUGUCCAAAACGCAGUGGAUUUAGCCAUAACCAGAUAUGGAAAGCUUGAUAUCAUGUUCAGCAAUGCUGGAAUUGCCGGAAAGCCGGAGCUUAGCAUUUUAUCAACAGAAAAUGAAGAUUUCAAAAGGGUUUUUGAUGUGAACGUGUAUGGAGCUUUCUUGGCAGCCAAACAUGCAGCCAGGGUCAUGGUUCCAGCCAAGAAAGGCUGUAUUAUUUUUACUGCAAGUAUGGUCUCAGUUAAUUGCCCACAGGCUCCUCAUCCAUAUGUGGCAUCAAAACAUGCCCUGGUUGGUUUGGCCAAGAACUUGUGCGUGGAGCUGGGCCAAUAUGGGAUAAGAGUGAACUCAAUUUCUCCAUAUGUGGUUAUAACUCCGCAGGCGAGGAAGACUUUGAGCAUGCCGGUGAAUGAGAUGGAGGAUGUGAUUUGUGCGGCGGCUAACUUGAAAAAGGCAGUGCUUGAAGGGGAAGAUGUAGCAGAGGCAGCUGUUUAUUUGGGAAGUAAUGCGUCCAAGUAUGUGAGUGGGAUCAAUUUAGUGGUUGAUGGAGGUUUUAGUCUUACCAAUCCAUCUUUUGCUCUGGCAAUGAAAGGCUUAAUCUCUUGAGAUUUUCACCAUUUUGAUCUCUUCUUAAGUAAUAAGUUGGUGUCCCCUUUUGUUUCAAUUGAAUGUUGUUUACUGAUAUGAUUACGAAUUUUCCUGCUGAAAAUAUUUGCUUCUGA